GGAGAAAGGUGUAGGGGGGCCGGGGCGGGCGGCUCCCGAGUGCGGGGGCGGGACAGGGAGUGGCGGGGCCCCGGCGGCCGGCGCCCGGUGAAGCGCUAAAGCGGGUCACGCUUCCUCCUUCCCUCCCGGUCCUUUCUUCUCCUCCCACCUGGGCCUCUGCGUGGGGACGCGCACCUGGCAACCGGCGGCCGCGCUCCGCCGCGCCCCUACCUCUUCUGCUCCGGCCGGGCGCCCCGAGCGGGCCCUGCACCCCGAGCCCGGCGCCGCGCUCGCUGGAGGCGGCCUCGAGCGCUCGCUCGUUGAUGCCGUUUUGGGGGUGACCGGGCGCGGCGGCGGCGGCGGCGGCGCCUCCACGGUGGGGGCGUGAGUGGCCGCGGCUUUGCCGGACAUCUAGUGUGCGGCUGCGGGGUGGCAGGGCGGCCAGCCGGCGGGACCCCGCGCGCAGCUCGGGUUUCGGGGCGCUGGAGGAGACCGGCACGGCCGCGCGGGAGCGGGAGAUGUGGGAGCUCAGGCACCGGGGAGGCUGCCCCGGCCCCGGGAGAGCGGUGGCGCCGCCACCCCGCGAGGGAGAGGCGGCCGGCGGCGACCACGAAACCGAGAGCACCAGUGACAAAGAGACAGAUAUUGAUGACAGAUAUGGAGAUUUGGAUUCCAGAACAGAUUCUGAUAUUCCAGAAAUUCCACCAUCCUCAGAUAGAACUCCUGAAAUCCUCAAGAAAGCUCUGUCUGGGUUGUCUUCAAGGUGGAAAAACUGGUGGAUUCGUGGAAUUCUUACUCUAACUAUGAUUUCAUUGUUUUUCCUGAUCAUCUACAUGGGAUCCUUUAUGCUGAUGCUUCUUGUUCUAGGCAUCCAAGUGAAAUGCUUCCAUGAGAUUAUCACUAUAGGUUACAGAGUCUAUCGUUCUUAUGACCUACCUUGGUUUAGGACACUAAGUUGGUACUUUCUACUGUGUGUAAACUACUUUUUCUAUGGAGAGACUGUAGCUGAUUAUUUUGCUACAUUUGUUCAAAGAGAAGAGCAACUUCAGUUCCUCAUUCGCUACCACAGAUUUAUAUCAUUUGCCCUCUAUCUGGCAGGUUUCUGCAUGUUUGUGCUGAGCUUGGUGAAGAAACAUUAUCGUCUGCAGUUUUAUAUGUUCGCAUGGACUCAUGUCACUUUACUGAUCACAGUUACUCAGUCACAUCUUGUCAUCCAAAAUCUGUUUGAAGGCAUGAUAUGGUUCCUUGUUCCAAUAUCAAGUGUUAUUUGCAAUGACAUAACUGCUUACCUUUUUGGAUUUUUUUUUGGAAGAACUCCGUUGAUUAAGGCUGCUUACGUGUUAUCCAGAUACCAGUACUUUGUGUGCCCAGUGGAAUACCGAAGUGAUGUAAACUCCUUCGUUACAGAAUGUGAACCCUCAGAACUUUUCCAGCUUCAGAGUUAUUCACUUCCUCCCUUUCUGAAGGCAUUGUUGAGACGGGAAACAGUGAGCUUGUAUCCUUUCCAGAUACACAGCAUUGCUUUUUCCACAUUUGCAUCUUUGAUUGGCCCAUUCGGAGGCUUCUUUGCCAGCGGAUUCAAAAGAGCUUUCAAAAUCAAGGAUUUCGCCAACACCAUUCCUGGGCAUGGCGGGAUAAUGGACAGAUUUGAUUGUCAGUAUUUGAUGGCGACUUUUGUGCAUGUGUACAUCACAAGUUUUAUAAGGGGUCCAAAUCCCAGCAAAGUGCUACAGCAGUUGUUGGUGCUUCAACCAGAACAGCAGUUAAACAUAUAUAAAACGCUGAAGAUUCAUCUCAUUGAGAAGGGAAUCCUACAGCCCACCUUCAAGGGGUAACUGGAUCCAGAGCGGGAAGGAAUGACAAUAAAGAAUUCUACAGGAAAGCACUGACAGAUGACAUUUUGUAAUUGUGCAGAAAAUCGUUGAAAAUGCAAUAGAUUGAAGUUUUACAGACAUGAAUGUUUCUUCUCUGAAAUUACUGUGAAUAUUUAACACUUACUUGAUCUAAGUUAUGAAAUAAGUAGCAAAUGCCGAGCAAAAUAUCCUGUACUUUUUCUAAAGUGUAUUUUCGGAUGUUAACUUCCUUCCCUUUACUUGCUAGGUUUCAUCACUUAAAAGACUUGUGUUUUAAAGAGUCAAACACUAUGAGUAAAUUGAGGAUGUCUUGAGGUUGCACCUGGCAGUGUGCCCUUUGGACAAAUAUUUACUUUUGUAGUUGGAGCUGCUCUUCAUUUCAGCAAAAUGUUUUAUGUAAGGCACAAUAGGAAGUUAGUUCUCCUUUACUUCCUCCUCUUUCACUCUGAAGUAUUUUUUGAAGAGCUGAGUUGGAUCCAAAAAAGAAAGACUGUCCACUUUUCAAAGAAGUAAGUCAUCAUUUGCCAGGGAAAAACAUUCCACUUUUAGGUAGGUUUGCAAUUGAAGAGAGAGAGGCUGAAAUUUCUACCAUUAUUGGUUUGCUAGAAAGAGCAGACAUCAGACUCUACUUUGAUCAAAUUGUUUGGAAAAACAUGACCUUCUCAAAAACUCUGAAGAGAAACAAAGGAGAAUUCUGCUAUGAAGAACGUGUGUUCGCAUCCUCCACCCGUGAUCUCAACAGACAGUCGCUCAAGAGGCAGCACUGGACGAUGACACAUGCAUAGCCCCCCUCUUGGUUGAGUUCUCUGCUUUUGUUUCCCUGUGAACUGAUUUCUGUAAGUUCUGUAGCCACGAGCAUCAGUAUACAGUGCGUAGGGGUGGUGACUGAGGCAGAGGAGGGGCUGCUCAGCCGAGUGAGAGUGACGCGUCCCUGGAUGUGGGUCCACAUCCCUGGGUCCUGGGUGCUGCCUCUUGGUUCCCGUGCAGCUCACUGGACGCUCAUCUGGGAAGAAGCGAGAUCUGCUUGGAAACCCAGUCCCAGCCUAACUCCAUGGUAACGGCUAAUUUUUGUCACAUUCUUCUUUCACAUCAUGUCACAAAAUCGGAGGCCAUCAGCUGAUUGUUUUUUUCUUCCAACAAUGAAAAUCAAGCAGAAGUGAUUUCCGCCAAGAACAAAAAGCACACAAAUGCCAACCCUUUCCUUUGGUGGACUGGACACUGUAACCAAAUGAGAAUAAAUUUUUUCUCAGUGGAUGUAAAUAAGCUACUGUUGCAGUGUGCUCUCUACAACCAUAUUUAUUGUAUUGAACAGCACCAAAACCUUCAAAAACUGCCUCGUGCUCCUUGGUUAAAUGUUCAGAGGAGAAACAGAUAUAUUUUAAAGAAUGUUUUGCUAAUGAAAAGAGUAAAUAUUUUUGUUUAAGUCAGAAGCAAAUCUCAAUUAUUUUAUACUUCUGUUCUACUACUCUACUUAAAAUAAAAAAAAUUGCAGAUAUGCCUGGGUUCCACAGAUGUAAUCUAUAACUAGCAGCCUCAUCACGUGUACUACAUGAUUAUGGUGGGUAUAGUUAAACUCUGUCCCCAGAGUCUAAUUUCUUGGUUUUGCAUGCCCUCAGUCAGUUCAUCACUACUGGAUGUGUGCAGGCAGCAUUGUUUCACACUGUUUCAUAAAAAUUUAGAAUUGGUGUUAGAGAUAUUAUUACAGAAGGAAGUGAUCAUUUUUAAAAUCAGGCUAUCUUCAAGUUAAUUUUUAACAUUGCUCAUUUUUACAUGCUGCAUUAAAAGCUCCAAAUGUAGAUCACAAAAGAAUUUACUUACCAAAGUUCAAAAAAUAAAAUGAAAAUUUUGUAGUAGGAAUUUAUGUUGAAAACUUGGUGAAUUGCACAAUGAGAACUUCUUGGAGAUAUGGAGUUCCUUCUGCAUUUUUCUUUAAAGUGAUGAGUGAGCCACUGCAAUACAGGAUUACGAGAGCAUUGCUGAAUACGUAUUAUAAAGUCAAUAUUAUUAUGAAAAUAUGAAGCUAAAAAUAUUUGGGGUCACAGUAAUAGCUAUCCUCAAAUAUACUUUUAGAGUUGGGUGUACAUUAUUCUAUAUGUAAAAAAGUAAAUUCUUAAUUUUAACAGAGCUCUAAAGAUUGACCUUUUUAGUGUACUUUUUAUAGCAUGUAUAUUAAAAUAGAAUGUAUUUUAGAAAGAAUAUACUUUAGCAGAGAUAGAUUGUCAUAAAACCCUGACUUUGAUCAUUUUUAUAUUUGCACUCUGAAGAGGGUUUACAUUCCAGUGUAGCAAUGUGAUGGCAGAAAAAUGAAAGACUAGGAACUUCCUUUACAGUAAUGGCUUAUUUUUUCAAAUUUGCUAUUUAGAGAGGUACCCUAGUGGUACUAACUGCUUAGUACAGAUGUUUCCUCAGUGCUUUUCCCUUUGUGGUGGUGGGUAUACAUUUACUGUCUGAGAAUAAAAAGACCACACGCACACACCCUUUUAUUCUCAUUUAUAGUAUCUCUUCAUUUGUAAUUUGGUUUGAACAAAGAUAGUAUCACCUUGUUCUAGGGCGGCAGUUGGGUGGGGGGGAGAAAAAGUAGAAACAGUGUAUAUAUACUGUAUAUGGGUGGGAGGUAGGUUAUGAUAUGUGUCAAUCUGAACCUUUUACUGAAACCGAGAUAGGAAAAUAAAACCAAAACAAAUCACAUUUUGACUCUGUUGUGCCAUUUUCUCUUUGGAGAAGAAACAUUCAUUCAACUAGUGUUUACAAAAUGACAAAUACAGAAAUACUGUAUACUGUGUAUAUUCCAUCACCAACAGCUACAGUGACACCUUCAGGGCUGGGAAUAAGUAAGUUCUGGAGAUCACUGAACACACGUGUUUGUCGAGAGGUGAUGUCCUCUUAAUAGGAACAGUACCAAAUUUCUAGGGUACUUUUUAGUUUAUAAUUACAUAUUUAUUUUUGUGAAACUUUGAUCCAGUCACCACUAGAGCUUUAAGCUACAUGGACAGUGAGUGGCAUCUGUUCUGAUUGCCACUGUUUUCUCCCAGUGUCUGGCUCAAUGCCGGCAACUCCCUAGCCCCUCACUUCUGUCUCUUGGGCCGCUCCUCUGCACUUAUCCCGGUUUUCAUUUUGUGUGGUUCUAAGAUGGGCUUCAUUAUUCUUAGUUCCUAGGGUUGUUUUAAGGGUUAAGUGAAAACACAUGAAUGUGCCUUGAUUUGUGUUCAGCAUAGAGGAGCAGAUGCUUAGUUUCCUUCCUUCUUCCUAGUUGCUCCUCUCCUGUUGCCCGUCUUCACUGGGAAGUGACAGUUUGAUAGGACUGAACAGAAAGCUAACCGCAUCUCUGGUCACAUCUGAUUUAGGUAGCGUUAAUGUAAGUGUUCUUUGAAUGGACACCAUCAUUCUGACCUCCAUGAAGGAGCUGUCUGUCCUGCAGAAAGUCCGCAGCCAGAUCUUGCCACUGGCUCCUGAAACUUACAAAGUUUAAAAUUCACUCCUAUUUGGGAAUCUGCAUGUAGUGGCUGCAGAUAAAAGCAGAUCUAGACAAUUUAACUAAAAUCAAAAGCCUGUCCUAACUUAAUCCCAUUGUCUUCCUUUUCCUGCACAGAAAGGGAGGACAUUCUUAAAUUAUCAGAUAACAAGGAGAGCCCUUUAGCAAGGGCUGAUGAGUGGAAUAUUAUCUGUUGAUGGCAAAGUGAGUUUCCAAAAUGAGCUGAGAGAAUACAGUCUGGUCCUCUAAUGUGUACAAAGGACACGUGUGGGUAAAGCAGCAGCCUUGUUGCCCACAGAGAGAAAAUCAUUGAGGGACAGCCCACCUGAAGAUGUCCUCUUAGAGAAUGAAAUGUCAAACUGCUUUGUCAGACUUACAGGAUGACAGGGUAUGGAUUUGGUGUUUAAGUUGUUACAACACCCUCCUUUUCCUUUGUGUGUCCAGCUGGAGUUUAAUGGAUCCUGGUGGUUUUCUGUUCAAGAAGGUUCAUUGUCAAACUUCAGACAGGACCUAGAAAGGUGAUAAGUUUGGAGAACAUCCUUGAGUAAUCUCUUAAGUAUAUUUUUGAUCAAUUUUAGUAAAUCUCAAAACUUUGUUAAGGAACUAGAGGCUUCAGCCAGUACAAGUAAGAUAGACACAUUUGAAUCAUUAGUGAUUCUAUUUUUUUUUCCUGAUAGCUGUAUUGAGAUAUAGUUUAUGUACCAUAACACUGUGCAACCAUUACCACCUCUGGUUUGAGGACAUUUCCAUCACUCCAGAAAGUUCCCUUGUACCCACUUUGCAGUUAAUCGUCACUCCAACCCCCAGCUUUAGGCAAACACUGAUUUGCUUUCUCUAUAAAUUUGCCUUUUCUGGACAUCACAUGUAAAUAGAAGCAUACACUAUAUAGUGUUCUCUGUCUGGCAUGAUAUUUUUGCAUCUAUCAGUGCUUUGUUCCUUUUUAUUAAUACUAUAUUUUGUGGACUCAUUUACCUGUUGAUUACUUGGGUUAUUUCCAAUUUUUGGUUCUUAUGAAAAAUGUUGCUGUGAAUAUUUGUGGACAUGUCACGGUGUGGGCAUAUAUGCAUUUCUCUCAGAUUUCUAGGGUGGAACUGCUGGGUCAUAUAGUAAGUUUAUGUUUAACUUUUAAAGAAAUGGCCAAACUGUACAACCUUAGAUUCCUACCUGCAGUGUACAAGGUUCCAGUUUCCCUACAUCCUCACCAAAACUCAGCAUUGUCUUUUUAAAGAUAGAUAGCCAUUCUAGCUGGUGUGCAAGGUGGCUUUAGUUUGCAUUUCCCCAGUGGCUAAUGGUGUUGAGCAUCUUUUCAUUUGCCAUUUGUAUAUCUUCUUUGAUAUAAUGUCUAUUCAUAUCUUUGCACAUUUUUACAUGUGAUGUUUUUUAAGUUGUAAGACAUUGUUAUAUAUCCUGGAUAUAAAUCCCUUAUCAGAUAUGUGACUUAUAUUUUCUCCAACGCUGUGGCUUUUUUUUUUCUUUUUUUCUCUCUUCAUUCUUAAGACAAUUUAGAGCAGUUUAAGGUUCAUAGGGAAAUUGAGGGGAAGUUACAGAGAUUUCUCAUAUACCCUCUGCUCUGCCCCUACCCUCCACCCCUGCCUGCCACAUGCAGAGCCUGCCCCUACCCUCCACCCCUGCCUGCCACAUGCAGAGCCUCCGCCACUGUCAACAUCCCCAACCAGAGUGGUACCUUUGUUACAGCUGAUAAGCUGUAAUCACCCAAAAUACAUAGUUUAUAUUAUGGCUCAUUCUUGGUGGUGUCUAUUCUUUGGAUUUGGAGAAAUAUAUGACAUGUAUCCAUCAUUACAGUUUCAUUCAGAGGAUUUUCACUGCCCUAAAAAUCCUCUGUGCUUGCCCUAUUCAUUCCUCCUACAUACCCCCAACCCCUGAUCUUUUUACUGUCUCCAUUGUUUUCCCUUUUCCAGAAUGUCAUAUAGUUAGAAUUAUACAGUAUGUAACCUUUUCAGAUUGGCUUCUUUCAUUUAGUAAUAUGCACUUAAGAUUCUUCCAUGUCUUUUCAUGGCUUUAACUCAUUUCUUCUCAGUGCUGAAUGAUAUUCCAUUGUCAGGAUGUACCAUAGUUAUUUAUCCAUUCACCUACUGAAGGAGUCUUGUUUGCUUACAAGUUUUGGCAAAUAUGAAUAAAGCUGCUGUCAACAUCAGGGCGCAGGUUUUUUGAUGGACAUAAUUUUUCGGCUCCUUUGGGUAAAUACCAAGAAUUGUGGUUGCUGGAUCACAUGGUAAGAAUAUGUUCAGUUUGGUCAGAAUCCACAAAACUGUCUUCCAAAGUGGCUGUACCAUUUUGCAUUCUCACCAACGAUGAAUGAGGGUUCCUGUUGUUCCACACCUUUGCCAGCAUUUGGUUCUGUCAGUGUUCUCAAUUUUGGCCAUUUUAUAGCUAUGUAAUGUUGUAACUUGCAUUUCCCUGAUGACAUAUGAUGUAAAACAUCUUUUCAUAUGCUUGUUUGCUAUCUGUAUAUCUUCUUUGGUGAGGUGUCUGUUAAUGUCUUUGGCCCAUUUUAAAAUCAGGUUGGUUGUUUUCUUACUGUUGAAUUUUAAGUGUUCUUUGAAUAUUUUGGAUAGCAGUCCUUUAUCAUAUUUGUCUUUUGCAAAUAUUUUAUACGAAUCUAUGGUUUGUCUUCCCAUUCUCUUGACUUUAUCUUUUGCAGGACAAAAGUUUUUAAUUUUAACAAAGUCUACUUCACCAAUUCUUUCUUUCAUGGAUUGUGCCUUUGAUGUUAUAACCAUGAUGUAACAGCACCUUUAAUGUUGUAAGUUAUUGCCAUACCCAAGGUCACCUAGGUUUUCUAUGUUAAAUUCUAGUUUUAUAGUUUUGCAUUUUACACUUAGAUUUAUAAACCUUCUUGAGUUAAUUUUUCUAAAAGCUGUGAGGUCUGUGACUAGAUUCAUUUUUUUUUUGCAUGUGGAUGACCAGUUGUUCCAGCACCAUUUGUUAAAAGACUAUCUUUGCUCCAUUGUUUAGUCUUUAUUCCUUUGUCAAGAUCAGCUGACGGUAUUUAUGUGCUUCCAUUUCUGGGCUCUGUAUUCUGUUCCAUUCAUCUAUUUGUUCUUUCACCAAUACCACACUGUCUUGAUUAUUGUAGUUUUAUAAUGUCUUGCGGUCAGGUAGUGUCACUCCUCCAACUUUGUUUUCCUACAAUAUUGUGCUGACUGUUCUAGGUCUUUUGCCUCUCCAUAUGAACUUUAGAAUCAGUUCACUGGUAUCCACAAAAUAACUUGGGAUUUUGAUUGGGAUUGCAUUGAAUCUAUAGAUCAAGUAGGGAAGAAGUGAUAUCUUGACAAUAUUGAGUCUUCUUAUCCAUGAACGUGGAAUAUCUCUCCGUUUAUUUAUUGAUUUCACAUACAGACACACCUCGUUUUAUUGCACUUUGCAGAUAUUGUGUCUUUUUACAAAUUGAAAUUUAGUGACAACCCUGCAUUGAGCAAGGGUUGGAGCUAUUGGAGCUAUUUUUCCAACAGCAUUUGCUCACUUGGAGUCUCUGUGUCACAUUUUGGUAAUUCUCACAAUAUUUUAAACUUUUUCAUUAUUAUAUUUGUUAUAAAUAUAAAACUAACGGAUGAGGAGUUGUUUCUUAUCGAUGAGCAAAAGAAAGUGGUUUCUUCAGAUGGAAUCUACUUCUGGUGAAGAUGCUGUGAAGAUUGUUGAAAUGAAAACAAAGGAUUUAGAAUAUUACGUAAACAUACUUCAUAAAGCAGUGGCAGGGUUUGAGAGAAUUGACUCUAAUUUUGCAAGAAGUUCUACUGUGGCUAAAUUACUACCAAACAGCAUUGCAUGCUACAGAGAAAUUGUUUAUUGUUUUAAGAAAUUGACACAGUCACCCCAACCUUCAGCAACUACCACCCUGAUCAGUUAGCAGCCAUCAGUACUGAGGCAAGAUCCUACAGCAGCAAAAAGAUUAUACAGCUCACUGAAGGCUCGGGUGAUGGUUAGCAGUUUUAGCAAUAAACUUUUUUUUUUUGGCCACAUGGUAUGCGGAAUCUUAGUUCCCUGAACCUGCACUCCCUGCAGUGGAAGUGCGGAGUCUUAAUGACUGGACCACCAGGGAAGUCCCUAGCAAUGAACUAUUUUUAAAUUAAGAUAUAUACAUUAUUUUUUUAGACAUAAUGCUAUUGCACACUUAAUAGACUAUGGUAUAAUGUAAACAUAAGUUUUAUAUGCACUGGGAAACCAAAAAAUGUGUGUGACUUGCUUUAUUGAGAUGGCUUGGAACUGAACCCACAGUAUUUCUAAGGUAUGUCUAUCAGAGUUUUAUAGUGUUCGUCAUAGAAAUCUUGUACACAUUUUCUUAAAUUUAUGCCUAUUUUAUUAAAAUUUUUUUGAUGUGGACUAUUAGUCUUUAUUGAAUUUGUCACAAUAUUGCUUCUGUUUUAUGUUUUGGUUUUUUGGCUGUGUGGCAUAUGGGGUCUUAGCUCCCUGACAAGGGAUUUAACCCACACCUCCUGCAUUGGAAGGCGAAGUCUUAACCACUGGACCAGCAGGGAAGUCCCUAUACCUAAGUAUUUUAUUUUAAUUAAAUGGCAUUGUGUUUUUAAUUUCAAAUUUCACUUCUUCAAUGCUGGUAUAUAGGAAAGUGAUUGAUGCUUUUACACUAUCCUUAUAAUCUGCAAAUUUUCUAUAGUUGCUUAUUCUAGGAGUUUUUGGUCAAUUGGGGGGGGGGGGAUUUUCUACAUAUGAUCCUGUCAUCUGCCAACAGAAACAGUUUUAUGUCUUUCUUCUCAGCUGUAUACUUAUUUCUUUUUCUUGUCUUAUUGCAUUAGGUAGAAUUUCCAGUAUGAUGUUGAGUGGUGAGAGGAGACAUCCUUGCUUUGUAGCUGAUUUUAGUGGUAAAGCUUUGAGUUUCUCACCAUUGAGUUUAAUGUUAGCUGUAGAUUUUUUGUAAACAGUCUUUAUCAAGCUGAGGUGGUUCCCUGUCUAGUCCUAUUUUCCUGUUUUUUUUUUUUUUUUUUUUUAAAUCAUGAAUGAGUGUUGAAUUUUGUCAAAUGCUUUUUUUUUUUCUGGCAUAUGAUAUGAUCAUGUGAUUUUUCUUUUUCAGCUAAAUGAUGUGUGAUAGAUUAUAUUAAUUGAUUUUGAAAUGGUGAAUCAACCUUGACCACUUGAAAUAAAUCUCACUUGGUUAUGGCACAUAAUUUUUUUUAUACAUUGUUGGAUUGAUUUGCUAACAUUUUGUUGAGGAUUUUGCACCUAUGUUCAUGAGAGAAUGGUCUGUAGUUUCCUUUUCUUGUAAUGUCUUUGGUUUUGGUAUUAGGGUAAUGCUGGCCUCAUAGGAUGAGUUAGGAAGUAUUCUCUCUGCUUCUAUCCUCUGAAAGAGAUGGUAGAGUACUCAUAUAAUUUCUUCCUAUUUGGUAGAAUUCAUCAGUGAACCCACCUGGGCCUGGUGUUUUCUGUUUUGGAAAGUUAUUAAGUAUUGAUUCAAUUUCUUUGAUAGAAAUGGGCCUAUUCAGACAAUUUCUCCUUGUGUGAGCUUUGGCAAAUUGUGCCUUUCAAGGAAUUGGUUCAUUUCAUCUAGAUUAUCAAAAUUGUGGGCAUAGAGUUGUUCAU